UGUGGCUGGACAGGCAGCCAGGCACUUCUGCUCUCCAUUACCCUCCUGCCGACUGGCGACUGCUGAGCCCUGCACAGCUGAGUGUCUGAGGGAGAGAGGGGCCCUGUGGGGAUGGUGGGGCAAGUCAUCACCCUGCUGCUUCUCUUGUACCUCAAGGGGUAUCAGAGCGAAGAAUGCACAGAUUCUACUCACCAUGUGGUUGGUCUCUCGGGAGUGCCGCUCUGUCUACGGCCUUCUAUCAUACAGACAGAGAUACAUUCCGUUAAAUGGAAGAUGAAGCUACUCUCACUUCCAGAAAUAUACGUGAUACUGACUUGGAAGAAUAGUACUGGUCUGAAAUAUGAAGCUUUAGCUCUGAAGCAUUUCAACAAAACGCUUGAUUUUCAGAUUGAGGACUUAACCCUUCUCAUCAAGGUCGCUAAGCCAGAGGACAGUGGUCAUUAUCAACUCGAGGUGACCAAGGAGUCUGGAGAAGUGUUCACAGUCCAGUUCAAAGUUUUUGUAUUUGAUCAUGUUGAGCAGCCUCUCCUGCAGGGGCAGUGGAAAGCCCUGGAUGAAAGGAAUUGUCAAGUGACUCUUUACUGCUUGGUCUCCAGGAAUAGCAAUGUGAGCUACACUUGGUACAGAAGCAAUGAACUGAUCCCAACACUGAGGAACAUCACGUAUCUGGAACUGCAGAUCGAUGCCAAUGACCUGCACAUAUAUUCCUGCAAUGUUAGCAACCCUGUUAGCUGGGCAAGCCACACUCUCAACCUGAGCCAGGGAUGUCUACAUGUCCUUCUGAGACCCAGAUUUCUGCCCUUUUUGGUGAUUGUCAUGAUUCUGGUCACACUGUUUCUUGUCACCCUCACUUGCUUCUGUGUGUGGAAGAGGAAGAGGAAGCAGUCACAGACCAGCCCACAGGCACUUCUGACAAUUUAUGAAGAUGUCAAAGACCCACAAAUGAGGAGGAAUGAAAAGCAGAAAUUCCUUGAAGAAGGAAGCACCAUUUACUCUAUGAUCGAGUUCCAGCCAUCUUCUUCCACAUCAAAAGAAACUGCAAAUACAUUGUAUUCGUUUAUACAACCUUCUCAGAAGUCUGGAUUCAAGGACAGGAACCAUGACCCUUCCUCCAAUUGCUCCAUCUAUGAAGAGGUUGGAAUGAGACAAUCCAGAGCCCAUAACUCUGCCCGACUGAGCCGCAAAGAGCUAGAGAACUUUGAUAUUUAUUCCUAGAUGUUGUAGCUGUUUUUGCCUCUCUUAUAUAUCUGUUUUUUCAUUGGGAAUCAGCAGAAUAGAUGUUGCCGCAGGAGUCUUUUUGGAAGAGUUCUAGUCUGGAGAAGAUAGGGAAGUCUAAUCAUGGUCUUUUGUUUUGAAAAUGAUUUCUAACAACCACGAUAUAAGCAAGAUUGUGAAAUAAUAUGUCUCAACUUAGAUACCAACAAGAAUGGGUGGAGAGGUUGGGUUGACCACAUUCUAAGUUCUUGUAACCUAUAAAGUGCUAUGUAAAUGGAGACUUGAGAUUUCCUUGCCCUGGUUUUCUAACCUGUUACUUGUCUCUCCUCCUCCCUGAUCUGGGAUGCUAGUCUAGACUGCAUUUCUAGGCCCUCACCUCCUCCAGGCCCACCUUCCCAAUUGAGAGCAAGAACAAGGCAACAGUGACUCAGGGGAAGAGGAAGCAGCCUCGUCUGGGGCUGUGCUUUCUGUUUGCUGGUUAUCAGGUUCUCACAGGUGGAUCAGCGCCUUGGCUGCAACUUGAAUGCAGGGGAAAAAAUUUCCCCCAUGACCCAACACAUUUACCACUGGCUGGUUGGUCAUAAAGGAAGUGGGCAGAAACAAGAAUAGAUGGUGGUGCAAAGGAAGCCCCUCUCUGAAAAGAAAAAGCACCGGAAGCUUGAGAACUGAGUGGUUAGACCAGCUUUGUUCAUAGCGUGAAGUUUGAUUUACAAAGACAUAUUAUUAGAAAUCUAUUUUGACUCCUUUGUGGAAGAGGUCUGCCUUUCUUCUUGGAAACCCCGUUCUAUUUCAUUGGAGUCCGGAUUUAUGCUUCCCCUGGUAUACCCUGGAGGGAGGGCUUGGGUAGUUGAAUGCUAAAGAUGAGGCAUUUGGGAACCAGAUACUGUGCUGGCUGCCCUGAGUCUUCAGGCCAGCCAUUAACAGGGCCAGGACUCUGGUUGAGUCCAGGAAAGGGAUGAGGGUGAACUGGGAGGGAACUCAGAGACUCUAGCAGAUGAUACUACUCAGAGUCUUAUUCUUCAAUUGCCCCAUCUUGCAUUUAAAAUAGGGAUUUAAUAUAAAAAUUUGGUGUUACACAGAGGCAGCCUAAAUCCUUUGCCUGAAUUAAAUCUAUGUUUCUUCUCCACAGUCUGCAUUUUUACACUGUAUAGCAGUCAAAGGGUACUCAUGGGCCAUACACAAACACAUUUCUGUUUAAAUUAUGUUGGAGAGGGGUCUGACUUUCUGGUGAGCUGUCAGUGUCCCUUAGCUUUAUUCACACUGGGAUAGCAGUGAACCAGGUACCUGGGGCCAUUCAGUGUCACAAAGGAUAGCUGAAGCAUGCAGUUGCUCAGGCCCUGCCUGAUCCCUCUUCCCUGGGAGCUGUAGCCAGCCUGGCUCCUUCCUAGAGGGAAGCAUGUUGAAGUAAGCAUCAAGGGUAGAAGUCAGAGAAAUAUAUUCAAAAGAAGUCGGGGCUCCUGAGGCAGGUAUUGGGAGCUGAGUUGUAGAAUCUAGGAGUUGGGUGAGAGGCAGCAAGAAAUGAUGAGAUCAGAGCAGUCCAGAUGAACACCAGAGACAUUGAUCAUUGACUGCUGUUGGCUUUUCAAGUGACUUGAACUGUGUAGAGCUUGUACUGGUUAAAUGUAUCUAAGGAGCAGAAGAAACU